ACCAUUGCAAAAAUUUUCUGGAAAACAAGCAACAAAUUCUCCCAUGGAAGUUCCCCUUUUAGCUUUGGUGCCAAAUGAGAAGAACAAUAAGAGAGACAAUCACUUGAACAAAGCUCUCCGAUUCUUCCUUGUUUGUGUCACCUUUUCAAUUGUUGGGCUGAUAAUAUUUGGAGAUGGCUUUAGUUACUUAUUAGUUAGAGGAGGGAACAAGUAUGAUAGAAGGGUUGGAGUUAGUAGCCCCGGUAGUGUUGAGUCGGAGCACGGAGUUGUUGCGGCGGAUGAUGGCCGUUGUUCCGAAAUCGGGGUUCUUAUGCUUAAGAAAGGUGGGCAUGCGGUGGACUCGGCGGUGGCGACGGCAUUGUGUGUCGGAGUUGUCAACCCUAUGGCCAGCGGAAUUGGAGGUGGAGCUUUCAUGGUUGUUUGGUCUUCAUCGACUUCACAAGUCCAAGCCUUCGAUUCGAGAGAAACUGCUCCGUUAGCAGCUUCGCAGCGCAUGUAUGAGAAUGAUAUGAGAGCUAAGUACUAUGGUGCAUUGUCGAUGGGAGUUCCCGGUGAGAUCGCUGGCCUUCAUGAAGCUUGGUUGAGAUACGGUCGACUAGACAGGAAGACACUAUUUGAGCCUGCAAUUAAACUAGCUAAAGACGGAUUUGUCAUUGAACCAUACCUCGGAUUAGACAUUGCUUCGCAUGCACAGUUGAUUAUGGAUGAUCCCGGCUUAAGGCAGGUGUUUGCACCGGAGGGGAAGUUGUUACGAACAGGUGAGAAGUGCUAUAAUGUCAAGCUGGCACACAGCCUUGAGGAACUGGCAGAACAUGGACCAGGAGCAUUAUAUAACGGAACUAUCGGAGAAAAAUUGGUCGAAGAUGUGAGACAGGUUGGUGGGAUUUUGACAAUGGAGGAUUUAAGGAAUUACAAGGUAGAAAUUACAGAUGCAAUGACUGCAAAUGUGAUGAAUUACACUAUAUAUGGAAUGCCACCUCCUUCAAGUGGAACCCUUGGUAUAUCUCUGGUCAUGAACAUCUUGGACAGCUAUGGAAGUGCCAAUGCCGCAAAGGGCGAUCUCGGACUUCAUCGCCUGAUCGAAGCACUGAAACACAUGUUUGCUGAAAGAAUGAACUUGGGUGACCCUGAUUUCGUUAACGUAACUGAAUAUGUAUCUGAAAUGCUUUCUGUUUCUUAUGCAAAGCAAAUCCAGGAAAAGAUAGUCGACGACACAACAUUCCCUGCAAGCUAUUAUAUGUACAGAUGGAGUCAACUUAGAGACCACGGAACUAGCCAUUUCUGCGUUGUGGAUGCUGAACGCAAUGCCGUAUCAAUGACCACCACCGUAAAUUACGUUUUCGGAGCUGGAGUGCUAUCGCCUUCCACCGGUAUUAUCAUUAACAACGAGAUGGGCGAUUUCUCAGCCCCAACAGAGAUAUCCCCAGACAUGCUCCCUCCUGCUCCGGCUAACUUUAUUAGACCAAACAAGAGACCUCUAUCUUCCAUGACACCACUUGUUAUUACCAAGGAUAAUCAGCUGGCCGGAGUCAUUGGGGGCAGUGGCGGAAUGAACAUAAUACCAGCAGUAACCCAGGUUUUUCUAAAUCAUUUUAUCUUGGGGAUGGAACCUUCGGCUGCAGUAGAACACCCAAGGAUCUACCACAAGUUAAUACCAAAUGUAGUUUCGUAUGAAAACUGGACUUGCAUCGAUGGUGAUCACAUCGAGCUUGCAGAGGAGACAAAGAUAUUCCUGAGAGAGAAGGGGCAUCAGCUGGAGCCAAAGUCGGGUGGAGCUAUCGUUCAGUUUGUUGUUCAAACACUCCAGGAACCAAUAGUAUCGGGUCGUAAAUUCGGAAAAGAUUCGUACAUAUUUCACGGAAAAUUAACUGCUGUUAGCGACCCUAGAAAAGAUGGCAAGCCUGCAGCCCUUUGAAUAACUUGCUAAGCAUCAGUUCUAGAAGCAAUAUGCCACUAAAGAAAAAUUAAAUGCAGUAUAUGUAAAUUGAGGAAUGAGAUGGGGGAAUUAUAAACAGCCUGUUGGUGGGUGUGGAUAUAGCCUCUUGCGGACAAUCUUGCCUUCGAAGAUGAGCUAUUCCAUCGUCGUGGGAAAGAUGACACCACCCUUGCUUGUUGCAGAUAAAGACCAAACCAUUCUUAAGUUCAUUUGAACCUGUAAUGCUUAGAAGUAUUCGAUAACAAUGAUAUCAACUACGUUGAAUAUUUAAUCAA